AUGUCAGACCGGUACUACCGCCUGGUGACUCUGCUCCUUGACAUCAGUCUCCCAGCUCUGAGGGAUCUUUUUGUACAUUGCGCCAAGAAUGAUCCAAAUGUUAAAUUCAAAACACUAGAGGGAUACAUGAACAGUCGUAAAAACGUAGUCGACUCCUUACUCAGAAAAAGAGUUCUUCGAAAAGAUCAAUUUGAUAUUGUAUUUCCAACAUCAGGAAAGUUUGACGAAACCAAAUGGGACAUGUCCUUAUUGACAUCACUUCUCCUAAGCAUGUUCGGACAAACAACAGCUCAUGUAAAAAAUGAAAUACAGCUCAUAAGAGAAAUGCGGAAUAAACUGUCACACAGAUCUGACACAAGCAUGAUAGAAACAGAAUACAACGCUAUUUGGACAGAUACUUAUGAUUCGACCGUCAAUGUGAUUUCUCUUCUCAAGAAUCCUCUUGACACAAAGAAAGUGGAAAAGGACAUCACCAGUCUCAAAACUCGCUCCCUUGACCCUUCCAAAACACUUGAAAUCAUAAACACUUGGUAUCAGAGUGUCGGCUUGGAGAAUGCUGCCGAGAUACGAUAUCUGAGAGAAGAAGUGGGGGAAAUGAAGCAGCGGUUAGAGGAAGUUGGAAACACUACCUCCUUUACUUCUCGUGCAAUAAAGAAAGCUACAGUCAAAGGGAAAGACAGAUCAGGUAAACCGUCAAAGAGAAUGAAGAUGUGGAGUCAACACUUGGAUAGACUUAAACGUAAUUUCACAAAGACAAUGUCGAAAUGUUUACAAGAAGACUUUAUUCCGCCCGAAGAAGUUGGAACACUUCGACAAAAGCUUGAAGAAAAUCACCUUGCUGUUGUGGUCGGAUAUGGAGAGAGCGCCUAUCUUUCAACUGUGCUAUAUGCCAUCAAACAAAGUGAGUAUGAGCCCAAGCUGUGUGUGUUGCUUACAGACCCUUCCGAUUGGAUUCAUGUCGACCCAGAUGAUGUGAAGCUUGUUGUUUUCAAGGAUCCAUUUGGAAUCUCUGAAUGUGAUGAAAACAAAGCUACAGCUAUGUUCAACAAACUAGACGACAUACAGAACUCCUGUGAGGACUCCAAUAUGGAUGUUAUAAUUGCUUCCAAGGGAGAAAUCCUAAACGCGGCAAUGCGAGAUUUAGGAAAGACACACGAAAUCCUUGAGGACCAGAUAAAAGUUUACAAAGGAAUAAGUUCACCUUCGCCCUCCGAUCUGAUAGAGGAAAUGACAAUGAAAAGAGAUCCCACUGUGUAUUCAAGAAAUGUUUCUCAGAUGAACAAACGUUACGUAGAAGAUCUUCAAAAGACAACACUCAAUACAAAUGAUGAUAUAAGCUAUAGAACGAUUUUGUCCAAACUCAACGAAGCACACUGUGUGGUUUUGUCGACUACAGAUAGUGAGGGCCUUCCAAAAUGCAUUACUUCUCUGGCAGCAGAUUUCCCGAACUUGUUCACCGUGUUCCAAAGAGACGAUAUCAUGCAAACCAAACUGGACAGCACGGGCGUAGUUGUGGUAGUUGACAUGGCGGGGAAAUAUGUGUUUGACAUGUUGAAAGCAAACCAAUGGUUGGAGACAUUCGACUAUAUGAAGCCAAUGGUGAACAAUGGGAAACCAAACAUUGCGGUCGUGAUGGACAAGGCGAGGCUGCAUGAGUGCCUUCGGAAAACAGGAAUGCAUUGGAUUUUUCAAAACGUCUUGGAAAUUCUUCCGUCAGGAGAAAUUUUCGAAGUUGACGCCCAGAAAGUUAUUAUUAACGAAGUUGUGAUACCAAACAGCGUCAGCAUGCAGACUGACCCAACCCUGAGACACGUGGCCGACAUGAAGCUGCUGCACCGAGACAAGGAUGAUGACGAUGACAUGGUAGAGUCGGGCGGUAUAAGCGGAAUGACCGUGGUGGAGGACAGAUUACUGGUGGCCGUGGACAAUAGUUAUUAUUGUUUGCGUUGUUUUGAUUUGAGCACAAGUACACAGAUAUCGAGGUAUGAUAUGCAAGGAGACGAGCCAUAUGAUAUAACAACACUACCUGGUUGUCGAGUAGCUGUGACACUUCCUUUUGCUGGUCCUUUUGCUGGUGAAAUUCAUUUCCUGGAAGUGAAAUCUCAGUCCGGAGAGUUUUUGUUUAUUAAUAAGAUAAACGUUGAUAAAGGAUGUUGUGGAAUAGUGUACAGUGAUGACAAACUGAUAGUAUCAUAUCCGGGUUAUACAUCCAAUAACGUACAAAUACUGGACAUGGAGGGCAACGUGCAGCAGGUGUUCGAGAAGGACACUCACGGUGAGAAUCUGUUCAAAUGGCCCGAACACGUGGCCGUUAGCCCUGACCACAACACAAUAUACGUAUCUGACUGGGAGAAGGACACGGUGACUGCCCUGACGCGGGAUGGUCAUGUGCUCGGGGUUUUACAGGAUAAGGACAAUCUAAGUAGUUCACGUGGAUUAACUGUUGAUGCCACAGGUUGUGUGUACGUAUGUGAUUGUAAUUCCAACACUGUGUGCCUAGUGUCCCCAGAGACCGGCUCUGUCACCAGGCUGCUGGGGGAGGAGGAUGGUAUUCAGAAUCCACAGAGUGUGGCAGUAUGUGAUAAAACACGCCGUCUGUAUGUUGGGAUGUGGCGCAGCAGUGAAAUUAAAGUGUUCAAAAUAGAAUAAUGAAACUUAUUAUAGAAAGGUUACUUAUAUUGCCUAUAUUAUAAUGAUUUAUUUUAACGAUGAUGUUGAAAGGCGUCUGUUGAAUUGUAAUGGAAGUUCACAAGAUUAUGUUGUAUGAGUGUAUACCCGAUCAGAAUAACAUCGUGACAUUGCUUAUUCAGUCUUAAAUAUCAAACAUCAACAUCACAUUUUAAGUUGUACUUCAUGUUGUUGUUGUUGUUUUCAAGCAAAUGCAACACGAGUUGUGUCUUUCGUUUAAUAGUGAUUAUAUAUUUACAAACGAUCAUAACUUUUAAAAAAAGAAUAAUUUAAUAUCAUCAUUUAUAAUUAAUGUUCCACUUUCACUGUGAUUCGAUACCGAUUGUAUGCUUUACUGAAAUGGUGAUAACGCCUACUAGAUGAUACACCUAACAGGGAGGAAAAAGUGACAUAUUUAGGUAGAAAAUGGUUUAAGGAAUAGUUAGAUGAAAUGAAGUGAAUUCUUGAUUAUUAAGAAUAAUAACUUUAUUUAAAUAAUAAUAAUAAUAAUAAUAACUUUAUUUAAAGAAGGUAACACAUUAAGACAUAGGCAUCAUAUUAUAAACAAACAUAACACACGACUUAUUUACAAUGUGGCCUUCUGAAAGAACAUACACACGCACACACACAUAAAUGCUUAGAAUGAAAACGUAAGCAUAAAUUUAUGUUAUUUCAAAAGGGUACGUAUUAAAAUGUUAUACGAAAACAUAAAGAAACAUGAAUAUAAUACAUUAAUUAUAAGAUCAAUGCCGAACAUUACAUCAAUUUGUACAUAAAGGUUAACAAAUCGUAUCAUUAAAAUUUAUUAACUGAGUAAGUAGGACAGUCACACAUGUAUUUAACACCUUAAUCGAGAUAUAUAUAAUGUAAAAAAAACAAUAGUCAUGGAAUUAUGCGUACAAUUCUUACAACGGUUUUUGCAAUUGAUGAUGUAAAAAGAACUUCUUGCAGCAGGCUUUAAAUGUAUUUUCCGUGUUCGAUUUACGUAUUCGUUCUGGUAAAGAGUUCCAAACUGUCCCGCUGUAGCAUGCAAACGAGUGUUUCUUGUAUUGAGUUUUAUGUCGAAUGUGGGCAAUGUCUUGUCGCGUAGAAGAUCGUAAUCCAUAUCUUGUAUUGUUUGAUAACUUUAUAAUGUCUCUUAUAUAACUCGGUGUAAGAUUGUUAAUAGAUUUAUAUACCAUAACAGCCGUUUGAUAUUUGCAACGGUAUUCAAAUUGAAGCCAUUCUAAUUGUUUAAAUAAUUCAUGCGAUGGCGUUCUAAUAGGCUUAAAGAGAAUAAUUUUAGCAGCUCUUUUUUGAAGCAUGGUUAUUCGUUUCGUAUGCGUUUGCUUGCUUUUCCCCCAAACACUACAACAAUAGUCAAACAUAGGAAGUAUAUACGAUUUAUAAAACAAAUGUCUCAUUUGAUCCGUUAAAAAGUAAUUAAGUCUUUUUAAAAGAGCUAUCUUUGCAGUUACUUUCUUGCAGACAAAGUCAACUUGCAGGUUCCAUGACAAUGAUGAAUCAAUAACAAUUCCAAGCAAUUUCUUCGAAGUUACAUUUUCAAUAAGUACAUUGUCUACGAAUAAUUUGAGUGCACAUGCAUUUCUUAACUUUGCAUUUGAACCCAGCAACAUGCAAUUCGUUUUCAAUGGAUGUAUUGCCAUGUUGUUUAUUUUGCACCACUCCGAUAUUAUAUCUAAAUUUAUUUGCAACGUACGUUCAAUUUCCUGCGUAUUUGAACUUUUUGCAUAUAGGGUAGUAUCAUCAGCAUAUAAGUCAAUCAAGGAAUUUUCUAUUUCAAAGGUAAUGUCAUUAAUAUAUAUAAGAAAAAGAAUAGGUCCAAGAAUGGAUC